CGAGUAUGUGGAGGUACUAACAGAGUGCCCCAUUACUAAUCCAAUGGAGAACCAGUGCGGUUAUGAAUAUCAACGUCACCCCAAAUCGGUAAAGCGGGAUGUCCUGGAUUGUAGUUCCCCUAUGGUCAUGUCUGGCCCUGGUUCUGGGCGAGCGAGAGCAGAGCUUGGCUCCAUAGUAAUCCGAAUGGUCAAUAUUGGCCUCCGGCAAUCGAUAACAAAGCGAAUUGACGAAACGGUGGAGGGGCGAAGUGGUGACGAAAAUGACAAUCCGGGUGCUCGAAGUGACCAAGGAGGAGUCGCAGGAGGAGAUCAAAAACCACAAAAUGUCGUUGACCUCGGCUAUAAGCGAGCAAAACGGAACACAAAGGCACGGGUGCGCAGGGUUCUUCCAGCACCGGAGAGUGGAUCGUUCUUGAUGGAGGAAUUGGGACUCUUGAAGAGGGCAAGGAAAAAACGAAACAAGCGUAUAGGCAUGCCAAUCGAUGGAGAUGUGAAUGCCACAUCAGGGGAUGGCUAUCAUGAGGCCAAGGACAGCCUACUACUCGAUGGUGCACAGCAAGUUGGCAAUUGGAGAGGGGUUUUGGAGAAUGCGGAAAGACGGAAGUUGGCCAGGUUGAUGAGGCUACAACAGCUGAUGCAAGAGGAGGAAUGGGAGUCCAGAGCAGAGGGGUGGGAAAAGGGUGAAGAAAGGGGGCAGAAAAUGGGGUUGGGGUCAAACAAGGGGAGGGGCCACCUGGAGGAUGAUCGAGAUCUACGUGAACAAAUGCUAAAAGAUAUAGAGCAUGCAAGGUUCAGAAGGAAGAGAGAGCUUAUACUACUGCAGCUGCGCCAGAAUAUCGCAAAUCGAAAGAUCAUACAUCCAAGCUAUGGGGAGUUGGUCUUCUUUGAGCACGAAUUCAGGUGACCCUUGUUCAAUGUGUUGCUAAUGAAGCUCAUGCAUGUAA